AUCAUCUAAAUUAAAUGUGCCAUAGUUAUUCAGUAUAUUUUUUGUCGUGCGUAUUAACUGUUUAUAAUGCUUCAUAUAUUGAUUUAUUACACAGUAGCUCUACUAUGGCAUUUUACUCGCUUUGAGUCACGCUGCAUUUGCAUUUUGUCUGUGCGAUGAGCACCUGCCUGUAACAAGUAACGCCAUCAUGGUAAAAACAGUGGGAGGAGAGAGGGGGCUAGAAAGAGAGAGAGAUAGAGACGGGGAAGUACACGUACUGCAUGCGCUCUGAGUAGAAUUUUAUGCGAGAACGUCCGUCUGUACCGAACUGAAAAGUGGGCUGAAUUCUGAAAGGGAAUUUUUGACAACCAUAACAAGAUGUGUAGACCUACUCCGUGCUGUAUAGGGCAGCUGGCGUGCUGCUGUGGCUCGGCAGCCUGCUCCUGUUGCUGUGGCUGCUGUCCUAAGAUCAAGCAGUCCACAUCAACACGCUUCAUGUAUGUCCUCUACUUCCUCCUGGUCACCAUUGUCUGUGUCGUCAUGAUGUCACCUACUGUGGAACAGGAGAUGAGGGACCAUAUCCCGUUAUACAGGGACCUGUGUGAGAAGCUGAAUGCUGGUGAGAACUGCUCUACCUUGGUGGGUUACUCUGCUGUGUACAAGGUCUGCUUCGGCAUGGCCUGCUUCUUCUUCUUCUUCUGUAUAUUCACCCUACGAGUCAACUCUGCCACGGGCUGCCGUGCCGCCAUACACAACGGGUUUUGGUUCCUGAAGUUCAUAGCCUUGUUGGCCUGCUGUGUUGGAGGAUUCUUCCUGCCAGAGCAGGACAUCUUUCUGGAAGUGUGGAGGUAUGUUGGAGCCUUAGGAGGGUUCAUCUUCCUGCUGAUCCAGCUCAUGCUGCUGGUGGAAUUUGCUCACAGAUGGAACACUAACUGGAGUUCAGGUGUGAACGACAACCGUCUGUGGUAUGGAGCACUGGCCAUGGUCACCUUGGUGCUGUUCAGUAUGGCAGUAGGAGCUGUGGUGUUCAUGGCUCUGUUCUACACACACUCUCAGGCUUGUCUGCUCAACAAGGUGUUCCUGGGGGUCAACAGCAGCCUCUGUCUCAUAGUCACCCUGCUGGCUAUAUCGCCCUUCAUACAGAGACUCCAGCCUAAGUCAGGCCUGCUCCAGCCAGGAGUGAUCAGUGUGUACGUCAUGUACCUCACCUUCUCAGCCUUCUCCAGCAAGCCCAAAGAGAUGUUGGAGGUUAAUGGGGUGAAUACGACAGUUUGUGUAUUUCCCUUCAACUCUGGAUCAGAGAGCGACAAGAGGAUUGUAUCAGUAGUGGGAACUGUCAUCAUGUUCGGCUGUGUGCUCUACUCCUGUUUGACGUCCACCACCAGACGAAGCUCUGCAGCACUGCGUGUGUGUAGGAACAGCAUGCCUGAGACUGAGAGAGCUCGCUGCUGUUUCUGCUUUGGAGAUGACACAGAUGACUAUGAUGAGGAGAAGACUGGAGGAGGCCAAAAUGUUCUGUAUGAUGAGAGAGGGGGAACCAUCUACAGCUACACCUAUUUCCACUUUGUCUUCUGCCUGGGUUCAAUGUAUGCCAUGAUGACAGUCACCAACUGGUUCCACUAUGACAACCAUAAAAUAGAUAAGCUGCUGGAUGGCAGCUGGUCGGUGUUCUGGAUCAAGAUGGCGUCGUGCUGGGUGUGUCUCAUCCUCUACAUCUGGACCCUGGUCGCACCCAUGGUCUGCCCCAAACGCUUCGAGGCCUAACACACACACACACACACACACACACACACACACACACACACACACACACACACACUGAAACACAGCCCAACACUACCUUCAGCUUUCUACAUGGGGUUUUUGUGUUGUUUUUAAUUUCCUUUUCCCCCCUACUUUACAUGGUUAAGCUAUUGUUUCCUUGAAGGCAGUUGCUGUCUUUUUAUUUUUUUACUACCUUUGAUACAUGGAGUAUUCUGUUACAUGCAGGGACUCUUCAGGGUGCCUAAAACAAUGGGCUGGACCAAAAUACCUACAGUAAUUUAUGUGGGACCACAUGAUCAUAGUGGUGCCCUGAUUCUGUUAUGGGAUGCCCAGCACCCUUGAGUACCAAUGUCAAUUAAACCCUUUUACAUGUUUGCUUACAUUUGUGAUUUUUAUGUGUGCGAAGCAUCUGUUUUCCCAUGAUGGACCCAGACCUCCAUAUUGUUCUGUUAUUCCCAUAAAGAGAAGUUCCAUUUCUCAGGCUCACAUAUAAGCUGGAAGUGUCUUGCUUGCUAUUGCGCCCUUUUGUAGAAGACGUUUUCUAUGCAACGAAUCCAAAUGUUUUGAUUUGCCUGUCUUCACAUGGUCAUGUGAAUCAUUUUCAAUUAUGAGUAGAUAUGAUGGAUUGUGUCCACACUCCUUUUGAGACAUUUGUACACAACACUUUUUUGUAGUGUUGUUUUCCAAAUAGGCCUGUGUGACUAGCAGUGUGCUGCCUGGCUGGUAAAGGACUGCCCUGGGACCAGACUCACUAAUGGAGGGAGGGAGGCGAUCAUGGAGGGAAGAUCAACAGUUUGAUUUCAAACAUUUGCCAAAGGUAGAUCUCAGAAACAAAGAAUUGACACGCUAAAGUUCUUCACUACCACAAACCUCUGAUCCUUGGUUAGCUCUCUGUUGAAGGGUCACUUUCAGAGGCUUUUUCAGGACUGUGAAAACAGAAGGGGAUAGGGUUCAAAACGGACCGGGACCUUAGUGUAGUGUAGGUUACUUAACACUGGUUGUUACUGACUGAACAAACCCAGAUCAAGACUUGACAGGGAGCAAAAAAAACUUUCUCCUGAAAUCCCAAUGAUUCUGUUGUCAUACUUACAACCCUACAGUAUAUAACCCUUUUGAUACUAUUAUAUGUACACUCGUUUAAUAUAAUAUUUGAAAAACUGGAAAAAUGUUCUAUUUAACAUGAAGUCUUUCUCCUUCGAUUUCAGAUUGCUGAAUAGAAUAAUCACAUAACCCUAUGAGCCAGCAGUCAUAUUUAUGCCAUAAAGUACACACUGUGACUUUAGUUUCUUCCUCAGCCAUUGUCCUGAAGGGGUUAAACCCAUCUGAAAGGGUCGGCUGUGAACAAUAGGGUUGGGAUCCAUCCAUUCAGUAAUGUCAUGGAUCUGAAAGGGUCAGCUGUGAACAAUAGGGUUGGGAUCCAUCCAUUCAGUAAUGUCAUGGAGUGAAUCAGAAUUUCAAUUCAACAAUUAAAAGUUGCCAUAGAUUGUAUAAAAAUAGAUUUACGAAAUAUCAUUUCACUUGAAUUAACUGUAUGAUGCUGAAUUGACACCUGGUGAAUUGGAACGCCUGGUGUAAAACUGGUUUACUAAUCAAUUCCUGUACAUGUUUGAUAUUAGCAGAUUGUGUCCAUAUGUCAUUUCAGACAAGUUGUUUGUCCACAGAGCCAGAUGGCCAUGACAUGGUGUUCUACAGCUCAGCACCAUCAGGUCAAGGUCAUGUUAAACCGUUAGGCUCAAAAUAGUCUGAUUAGGCUGUAUGCUGAUGUCCCUUCCUGUUCUCCAUUGUUAAGAUGACCACUAGGUGUGUACACAGGAGUGUGAAUGGAACGGGAGUGUGUUUGUUUCAUUUAUUUUAACAGGAGCACUUGCGUGAGUUUGUCUGUGAAGAACAUUGUGUGUAUGUGUGUGCGUGCAUGCGUCUCCAAACGCACUGCUCACACUAAGGACUCUAUUCAAUCCGUAUGGCAGACGUUCAGCAUUACAGUGUGAUUGACAUUUAAAGGCAAUGUUCCCGCGUUAGCAAAGACUGCAUUCACAGUAAACGCUGUAUAUGUCUUGUCGGCUCCAUCGGAAAUUACCUUUACAUUUCUAUCGCCCAAUCUGCAACUCUUCAGCGAUACAGACUCAAUAGAGCCCGAAUUCUCUGUCCACAGUUAGUUUGUCAUCAAACAAAAAAUAAAACAUGAACAGCC